AUGAUGUUGUUCUCAGGACCAAGGAUUACGCCAUAUGUGCACAGGAUAACCCUCGUGCGAGCGAAAAACAUUACUAUAUUUGCCAGAUUCAAUAGCACCAAGACACCUUGCCAAGCAAGUGAAACCCGUUCUCAGGAACCACCCAAAGCCAACAUAAGGUGGUACUAUGCUUCGGAUGUUCCUAUAUCGAAACCCGAAUGGUUUAGGUAUACUAAAACAAAAGACCCCGAAUCAUUUCUUCCGUUUUCAGAAUAUGAUUCGAAUCGGUUAGAAAGGGCCUUCAAGAAUAAAUCUAACAAGCCGAUUGAAGUUAAUGAAGAUAAGCUCUUUGAAGUCAACAUUGACAAAUUUGAGUUAAGUCCGGUUUACUGGGAAGGUCCAGUCUAUGAAGUGCGCAGAGGACUUUGGUUCACCACUGAUGGAACUCCGUUACCCAAUCAAGUCAGCAAAAAACUCGAACAAGACUAUGAUGUGGUUAAACCAUACUUGUUUGAAAACAAUAUCAGUAAGAAGAAACUGAAGGGAAAUAAAGACAAGAUUUCAAAGUUUAACAAGUUGCGAGCUGAGAAGGAGAAACAGAAGCAGCACAAGGUUGAUUUGUCUCGGCAAAAAGAUGUUCGUAACCUUGACAAUGGACAAUUAGUGUUGUAUUUCAAUGAGAGCAAAGCAGUGAUGUUUCCUGAUACAUACGAUUCAGAUUUCCAGAUUGAUGCUAUACGAUACUUUGGACCCAACCCAGUUUCACUACUUGGUGUCAAUCACAUCCAACGUGGUUACACUGAAGAGUUGAAAGAAAGUUUGUUUGACAAGUUGCCCGAGAAUCCAUUACCAAGUAUCGCCGAUACAUUCCAACAAGAGUUUGGAAACGUAUUGGGUAAAUUAAGUUCGGAUUCUGGUGAGUCAAAGAAAGAAAGUGUUGAUACAGAUAAUAGUAUAGACAAUGAUGUUGAUGACAAGCAUAUGCAACAAUACCUUGAGGCUGACUAUGACUUGGACACUUCAGAAAGCAAAUCCAAUAGGGAAAUUGAACAUCUUAUUUUCUGCAUCCAUGGAAUUGGACAGGUGUUGGGGAGCAGGUAUGAAUCUGUUAAUUUCACACACAACAUCAACGUCCUACGUAAUACAAUGAGAAAAGUAUUUGAAGAGAAUGAUGAUUAUCAAAAGUUGGCUUAUCCAAAGGGUAACGUUGAUAAAAGCAAUAAUCGUACUCAGGUGCUCCCCAUAUCUUGGAGGCAUCGCGUUGAUUUUUCACCUCUGAGAACCCAACAAGAGAAUAAGGAUUCACGUUUACCAACACUUUCACAAUUGAAUGUUGAAGGGAUUCGAGCAUUGAGAAACAUAGUUGGUGAUGUGGUGCUUGAUGUGUUGUUAUACUACGAACCGAAAUAUUUGAAGCAGAUAUUCACAAGCGUCACAUCUGAAUUGAACAGGGUUUACAAAUUAUACAAGGAACGGAACCCCAACUUUAACGGGAAAAUACAUAUUCUAGGUCACUCAUUGGGCUCUGCUAUCGCAUUUGAUAUUCUUUCCGGACAAAGUGGUACAAUUAAAGGUUCCAUUGAUGUGUCGAAAGAUCUUGGUUUCGAAGUUGAGAAUUUGUUUCUUGCUGGCUCUCCAGUGGGGAUGUUUAAGCUUCUUGAAGGAAAAAACAUUGAAGCUAGACCAACAAAAGAUUAUGAACCAUCAAAAGAUGCACCUAUUGUAGCUCCUAAAUGCAAAAACUUGUACAAUGUGUUUCACCCGUGUGACCCAAUUGCGUAUAGGAUCGAGCCAUUGGUGUCCCCCAAAUUUGGUGAUUUCAAGCCGGUUCCUGUAAAGUUUGCCGUUAAAGGUUUCAACAGUCAAAUUACGGAAUUGGCAAGUUUUGGUGAUGAGAUUUCCGACAAGAUUGCUUCUGCAGUCAAGUGGUUAAACAUUACAAAGAAGGGGAAAACUGCUGAUGCUAAAUCCAUAGAUGAAAAAGCGCAACAAGAGAAUGCAUUGGGUGAUAUUAUAUCCAGUAUUGCAUUUUCAGAAAAGGAUGCAAAUGAUGGCGACGAAGAAGAGAGUGCAAAGCGGAAAUUGACACCAAAAGAGUUAUCGAUCCUUACGUCAUUGAAUAAUACUGGAAGAAUUGAUUAUAGUUUGCCAAUGGGAGUGCUUGAUUUCAGUCUUAUAUCUGCCGUUAGUGCCCACAUUUCCUAUUUCGAAGACGAAAAUACGGCUGGAUUCAUAAUGAAGGAGGUCUUGUCGAAACAAAAUCCACCAAAGAAUGAAACAGUUACUCUAUAUUAA